GACUGUCACUGUGGCACAGUCGUGGCAACUCACCCAAGGCUACGAGAUGAAGCACACCGCGCUCAUGGCUGCCGUCGUCGCAAUGUCUGCACAGGCGUACGAUAUCUACCGACUUCGCAUCCCGAACGGCCUCACGACUACAGUGGACGGCGUAUCGGCUGUUGGCCACGUGAAUAAGUUUGGUAGUGGGCGGUCCACAUCCUUCGGUCGGGACUUUGAACGGCUAGGGGGCAAGUGGACAAAAGAAUUGUGUGAAAAGGACUCGGACGGAGACGGCGCCACGAACGGGGAAGAGCUUGGCGAUCCCUGCUGCACUUGGAAGGUUGGUCGGCCCGUGCGGAAGAACCCGACGUCUCCUGGACAUAAGAAUACCUUCACGGAAGACCAAUUGGCAUCGCUGAAGUGCCAGGACGACGAAAUUGUAUCAACCCACAGUAAGUCAGGUGCAUCGCCCGACGAGCUCUAGACGAGGAUAGGAGUUACGGCGUUUCCUGUGCUGAUGUUUGUUAUGAGAAGACAAUGCACCGUUGUAUAAGUUUGUCA